AGUAGCUGCAAAGAAAGAGAAAUAAAAUGCGUGUGGAUGCGUCAUCUACAAGAGAAAGUGGGAGCACCGGUUCAGAAAUUUCUCUAAAUAUACCGCCAAGCGGCUUAUACAAUGGUUCCAGUGAUUGUAUAAUACAGGAGGAUGAUCCGAAGAACUCGUUAAGUUGCUGGCAAGUUUCUUGUGAAUGGAUAAAGCAAACAUCAGCAAAUGUUUUUCGGAAAAAAACUUUAUACAAACGCAUGCCCAUCCUGACCUGGCUUCCAAAAUAUAAUCGACACGAUUUUAUUGGAGACUUCGUUGCUGGUAUAACGGUGGGUCUUACAGUAAUUCCACAAGGAUUGGCGUAUGCAGGCAUCGCUGGUCUAGAUUUGCAGUACGGUCUAUAUGGAUGUUUUCUUGGUUGUUUCAUUUACAUAUUUAUUGGAUCUAGUAAAGAUGUACCAGUGGGACCAACGGCCAUAUCAGCGCUGCUAACAUUUCAAACUGCACAAGGUAGUUGGGAGCGGGCAGUAUUGUUAACAUUUUUAACUGGCCUCAUAGAAAUAUGUAUGGGAGUUUUUCAACUAGGAUUUUUAAUUGACUUCGUAUCAGGACCUGUGAGUGCUGGAUUCACAAGCGCAGUUUCCUUGAUUAUAUUUACAUCGCAGCUUAAAGACAUUCUUGGUGUUAACACUAAAGGCGUCACUUUUCUGGAUAUGUGGAUUUCCAUUGUGAAUGAUAUUCAUAAUAUAAGUUGGUAUGACGCGGCUCUAGGACUUUGUUGUAUAGUUGUAUUACUAACUAUGAGGGUAAUGGCCAGCACGACAUUCGGACCCAAGGAGGGUAAAAAAGGAUGGCAGAAGUUUUUAACCGGACUGUUUUGGUUAAUUGGCACAUCUCGCAAUGCUGUUUUAGUUUGUGCGGCUUCGGGUUUUGGAUACUAUUUGUUGAAUUCUGGAAAUGAUUUAUUUCGUAUGGUUGGCUAUGUACCGAAAGGACUUCCGAAUUUUCAAUUGCCGCCCUUUUCUUUGAUUACUAUAUCAAAUACAACAACUGGAGAGACUGUAUCCACAUAUGAAAAUUUUGGGCAAAUGGUAAGCAAUUUAGGAUCAGGACUGAUUGUUGUACCCUUGAUAUCACUUUUAGAAAACAUGGCUGUAGUUCAAGCUUUUGCAAAUGGAAAGCCUUGUGACGCUACUCAGGAAUUAAUUGCAAUUGGUGUCUGUAAUGUAGCGAAUUCCUUUGUACAGGGUUUUCGAGGCAAUGGUGGUAUAGCGCGUGGUGCUGUACUAAAUGCCAGUGGAUGUCGUACUCAAUUAUCUAAUUUAUAUACUGGCGUGAUUGUUAUCAUCGCACUGCUCUACCUGACUCCUGCAUUUUAUUAUAUACCAAAGGCGACGCUUGCGGCAAUUAUAGUGGCCGCAGUUAUUUUUAUGAUACAAUACCGAGUAAUUAAACCAAUGUGGAGGACUAAAAAAACUGAUCUUAUACCUGGGAUUGCGGCGUUUAUUGCCUGUCUGGUACUACCAUUACAAAUCGGAAUACUCGUUGGAAUUGGAAUUAAUGUAGUCUUCAUAUUAUAUCAUGCUGCUCGUCCUAAGUUGCGUGUAGAAACGCUAACAACCUCUAAUGACAUAAAUUACUUGAUGCUUACUCCAGAUCGUUGUCUAAUCUUUCCCUCAGUAGAGUUUGUCCGAAAUGUUAUCAACAAACAAGGCCGAAAGUCCACGUUACCGGUGAUUAUUGAUUGCACCCACAUUUAUGGCGCAGACUUUACAGCCGCUAAAGUCGUUUCAACAAUGAUCGGCGAGUUUCAAGCAAGAAAUCAGAAGAUAUUUUUCUACAACUUACAACCGCGUGUUGCCCAAGUAUUUGUUGGACUCAAUAAGGAUUUAGUCGUGUUGUAUGAUAUGAACUCUUUGGAAAUGGAGCUUUCAGGAAAGGCUCAUCAAUCAAUCCAAUAAGUGAGAUUAAAAUCAACCAAUGUAGGAAAACAUUUCAAUUAACUAACAUAAUAAGGCGUUUCUAUUACUUACUAGUUUGAAGAAUAAAUUAACUUAUUAGAUAGGUGAAUUAUAAUUGCUAAUUUAAAUGGGAGCAUCAUCUAAGUUCAACUAGUUUUUUUUCUCAAUGAAGAUAAAUGCUGCCCGUUAGCAAAACAAACUUAGAAUAUUUUAAUUAAUGUUAAUAUGCGAAUAGUAUUAUAGUUUUCAUAGGUACUGAGUAAAUGUAAAUAUUAAGCUUAAACCAAAAAUAAUCUUUUCCAUACUAAUAACAGUAUAGAUUAAAUUUUUGAUUAAUUAGUUUUAACAAUAAAAUAAAAAGUAAUACAUUUGUAUUAGUUUUUUUCUGACAAUUUUUUUCUAUUAUUGUAAUAUUACGAACUUUCUAAAUCAACUCUAGAAGAAAUGUACAACAGCCAAAAGGUGUAAGAAAUACUUUUUAAUAACAAAUUUUCAAAUAGGAAUUAUGAAAGGAAUUAUCUUUUCCAGCACUUCGUCAUUGGUUAAGUUUGAACUUAUAAUCAGAUCCAGAUAAAAUUUUCUACUUAAUUUUUAUUUAAAGUCAAAUACAACGAAUAAAUUAUUUUUAAUUAUAGGGAUUCAAACAAUAAUAUGAAAACUACAAUAAAGAUUCCUUCUCUAUGAAUUGAAUUUUUGGCUACCAUAUACCUGUUUCGAGUAGCUUUCAAUCUUUGAAAGUAUUUUUGCGAUUAAAUUAUUAGUUAAUAAUUUUUUAAAUCAAAUGCACCAAAAGUUAAACUUCUGCCCUAUUAAAUUUUUCAAAUACAGACCUACAUUUAUUGACAAUAAUAAAUGUAAUAAGACGUCGCAAGGCGCUCUCAGCUUUUUAGAGCCUUUUCCAAAAUGAACCAUCAAGAGGUUUACAACAGCAAUUUCCCUUAGCCAACCAUCGCAAUCCACACUUUCUAGAUUAUAGAGGUUGUUCAUGAAUGGAAGAAAACAUGCUACAAAGAUAGGCAGUAAUACAAAACCAAAUAGUGUGUGUUAUGUCUGUAUAUAUUAUCACAUCGACAUUUAUUGAAGAUGAUUUCGUUGUGGCAUUUUGGGCUAUCAGUUUAAAAUUAUAUCUUAUGUUAAUUUUGAUAGCCACAGUAAAUUGGAAGCAACGAUUAAUUGUAUAUUGACACAUUAUAUGAAUAGCAUUGGUACACUGUACUUAAUAUAUGUUUAAUUAUAAAGUGCAUAAUCGGUUUUAUUGGGAGUAAAAUGUAUUUAACA